GCGAAAUCGUCUCAAUCCUCAACGACCAUCAUGGCAUCCCUUUUGCAGUUUGUGACGAGCCGAAUAGACCCGUUACAAUUCUUUUCAGCAUCGUCUUCGAAUUCUUCUAUUACGCCGUACUCCAUUCCUUCAUCCUCUUCGACGUUUUCCGAGUUUGGGGACGGGGAUAACUCGGAUCUCGCGUCUUUCGCUCUUCGAAAUUAUGUUUUGGCUGUGUUAACAAGCCCUCUUCAAGUUGUUGAGACUCUUUCUGAGGUACAAUAUCAGAAGAGGGAGGAAUCGACUGAACAGACCCCGGCGCCAACAGUAGCACAGGACGCUGUGCCGACUACUACUGAGGAUCACCUUCCUCCGCUGCAAGAUGGUGUCUGGGAAAACAUUCGCGAAAUUGUAGAAAGCGAUGGAGAGGGAUGGACCUCGUUAUUGAAAGGACAUUUCACCAACUUUGCGUUUCAUGCAUCUUAUGCGAUAUUGCAGCCCGCAUUAGAAGAGGCCAUCAAUGACGCUUUUGAUGUCUAUGAAGACACGCACCCGGCCACUCUGGUUUUGAGCCAUGUUGCGGUCGGCAGUUUGCUAAGUCCUUUAGAGUUGGUUCGUACCCGCCUCAUCGUGCAACCGUCACAGUCACAUCGGAAAAAGUAUUAUGGUCCCCUACACGGUCUUCAUGCCAUCGCGACCGAAGAAGGCAAAGGCUUUGGCAGUCUCUACUCAGCAAGGCAUCUAGUGCCAUCCAUAAUUUUCCAUGGCUUGUCCCCCGUCCUCCGAAUCAUCUCCAAAACCAUCAUCACUGAAGAACUAGGACUCGACCCAACCUUCACCCCUGUCCUCCACCAUCUUGCUACAUUGGCGUUCAUGGCGAUAGAAGUGGGCAUCAUGACCCCAAUCGAUAUGGCCAGAAAGCGGAUUCAACUUCAACGACUUUCGCCAUCUCCUGCUCGUUCAGGGCCGGGUGAAGCCCCUCAGGCGUGUGAAACGAGUGUUGAAGUCUCCCCCAAGUACUACAGCGGACUAUGGCAUUGCAUUCGAUCAAUUGUUGCCGAGGAGGGAGGUAAAAGUAAACGAAGACGAAGGCGAAGGAGGCAUCAGUCCACUGGUUUAGCCAGCGAGUGGCACCAGGUUCAUGACCAUGAAGCAGAGUACGGUUCAUACGAUAUUCCAGCCCAUCGACGAUCAAAUACCGGGUUCGUUGCUUCUGUGGGACGAUUUGCUUCUGGAGUUCGCACGUUAUAUAGAGGCUUCUGGGCACGGUAUGUUUCCCGAGUGGUAGUGUAUGCUUUCGAUGAAAUUAGUCAAAGUGAAGAAAACUGGUAAAGGGUUCAUUGUUGAUGGGAGAUAUAUAGCAUCGUCGUUAGCUGUAUUUUUAUAUAUCAAGAUUUGUAUGCAAAUAGACGUGGUGUGGUUAUCCUGCACCUUGCUGUGGGGAUAAUGGCAUGUUUUAAUUGAUGAAUAGAUAAGAUCGCCAUUGCAUUGACCCGCCAAAAAAAAAAGCUGUACAAGAGUUGCCAUAUGGCCCCUCCA